AUGGUGCGGAUCGCGCUGGCUGGUGGCACCGGCAAUGUUGGACGAGAAGUUUUGGAUGGGCUAGUGGCGAAGGGAUCGCAUGAGAUCAUUGUAUUCAGUCGCUCCGAUGCUUCCAAGCUCACCCUGCCAGGCGUUGAAACGGCUCAAGUCGACUAUAAUGACCAAGCGGGCCUCAUCAAACAUCUACAAGGCGUGGAUACGGUGCUCUCUUUCAUCGUGAGCCACCUCGACCCAGAUGGCACGGCCCAAAAGAAUCUCGUGGAUGCCAGUAUAGCGGCGGGUGUGAGAAGGUUUGCACCCAGUGAAUGGGCGCUAGGGAGCAACAGCGGCAACCCACUUUAUAAAAGUAAAGAUCUGGUACACGAAUAUCUCCAACAGAUCAAUAAGGACAAGAAAGUACUAGAAUACUGCCUCUUCCAGCCAGGUCUGUUCUUGAAUUACUUGGGCUUUCCCCACGCCUCCACCAAGCACGUUCAACUGUUCUGUACUCCGUGGGACUUGGAACAUCGGCGCGCGAUCAUCCCAGCCGACGCCGACUUUCCACUUACUCUCACGACUGUUCAAGACAUGGUCAACGUGGUCGUUGCGGCCAUCGACUAUAAAGGCGUGUGGCCGGAAAUAGGUGGAAUUAGCGGCAACACGUUCAUGAACUCGGAAUUCUUGAUGCUGGCAGAAUCGGUGCGCGGUACGGUAGAUGAUCCCCUUUGCGCGCCUGCCGCUAAUCCCAGCCUUCUUCCGGCCGCAGGCUCCAUGAAAGUCGAGGCAGUCCCCAAGGCCCAGCUCAAAGACGCCAGCUUCAAUACCUCGUGGCUGCCCCCAGCCGAUCAUCCCGCCAUCGCCCCGGAAAUGAGAGUGGCCUUUGCGAAACAGAUAGUGGCCGGCGUCUUGCAGGCAGCUUUGAAGGGAGGGUUUGGCGUCAGCGAUGAAUGGAAUCAACUGCUUCCAGGUUUGCGCAUGACGAAAGCGGACGAUUUCCUGUUGGAGAUCUGGUCGGGAAAGCCAUGA